AUGGAUGGAAUGCAAUGCCCCCAAACAAGGGAUGGAGCACUAAAUGUGCAUAUAAUUGCCCAUUCGCACAUGGACGCUGGCUGGGUGAAAACAUUCGACGAAUAUUAUUAUGGCACAAAAACAACAAUAAGCACGGCAAAUGUACAACUUAUCUAUCAUUCUGUACUCUCUGAGCUAUUACAUGACAAACGUAGAAAAUUCACCUUCUCCGAAACAGCGUACUUCUGGCGCUGGUGGAAGGAACAGCGCGCUGCAACCAGGUCCACCUUCAAGAGUCUGGUGGUGGAAGGUCGGAUCCAGUUCGCUGGGGGGGGCUGGGUGCAGGCUGAUGAAGCUACCACUCAUUAUAUACAACUUAUUGAUCAAUAUACUUGGGGAUUGAGAAAAAUCAACGAUACUCUAGGACCAUGUGGUAAGCCAAAAGCAGCGUGGCAAAUAGACACAUACGGACAUACAAGGGAACAUACAUCGUUGUUAGCUCAAAUGGGUUUUGAUGGUUUAUUUAUAGGAAGAGUGGACCACAAAGGAAGAGAAGCAAUGAUUGAAGAAGACAGAAUGGAGUUCAUGUGGCGAGGAAGCGAUGUGCUUGGCAAAAUGUCGGACAUAAUGACGCACACAUUAUACAAUCUAUACAACGCUCCCGAGGGGUUUUGCUUCGAUUUCCUAUGUAAUGAUGAACCGAUUGUGGAAGAUACAGAUAGUAUUGUUUAUAAUGCUGAUAAACGAGUGAACGAUUUCAUCACCCAAAUAGAGAGACAAGCUAAAUACUACGACCAUGACAAUAUUGUGGUGAUGAUGGGUGGUGACUUCACCUACCAAAGCGCUGCCAAUUGGUUCAUGAAUAUCGAUAAGUUGAUCAACCAUGUUAACACCCACCCAGCCAAUAUGUCUGACAUCAAUAUAUUUUAUUCGACGCCAUCUUGUUUUUUGAAAGCAAUUUAUUUAUAUGGAAAACGGAACAAGGCGAUAUUUACUGAAAAGGGUGACCAUUUGCCCUAUGGUAGUGACGCUAAUACAUAUUGGACUGGAUUCUACACGUCUAGACCAAAUAUAAAAUAUCUAGCACUAAGGGCUCAUGUUUAUUUACAGGUAGUAAAACAAUUAACAGUUAUAUCAAGAAUGAGUGAUACAUACGAGUUACAUCUCUUGCGUCACGCUGUUAGCCUGGUACUUCAUCAUGAUGGUAUUACAGGUACAAGUCAACAGCACGUUACGAAUGAUUUUAUUAGACUCCUAUCUGAAGCUAUAGAGGGCUGUAACAAGAAAGUAUCGCAGUUUUUAAGCAUUUUAACUCCCACGUGGGGUGGGAGCAGGCGACCGAAAAGCAAUCAGCAAUUUAUAGUCUGCCAUCAACUUAACAUGAGCCAAUGUAGAUUCACAGAAACUCAAGACUCCAUGCUACUACUAGUGUACAAUCCACUUAGUAUCAAAACAUACUACCAUGUACGAUUGCCGGCGGUAGCACUGCAUUAUUCUAUACGAGAUUAUAAUGACGAAGAAGUGGAAUACCAGCUUCUCUCUUUACCAGCAUCAGUGAUCAAUCUCCCCGGAAGGAAAUCCACAGCAAUACAAGAAUUAUGUUUUGAGGCUGAAAAUAUUCCUCCUUUGGGUUUCACUGCGUAUUAUAUUACGCCUAUACGCGAUCAAUUGGCGGAAGGCAUGUAUGUGAAGACAUCUCAAUCUAACUCAGAUCCAGAACAGGAAGUUACACCAACUAUUAGUAAUGAGUAUAUAAAAGUGACAGUAGACCAAAAGACAGGUUUACUAGAGUCGAUACAACAUUUAGACGGACUAAAAAUUAUGGUCUCCCAAAACUUUUACUUCUACAGUCAGACCCAAAAAGCUUUACAGUCUGGUGCUUAUAGCUUCAGACCAGACAAGAAUAGACCGAUUCCGAUAUCAGAAAAAGCCACAUUCCAUACAAUCCGAGGGUCACUAAUAAAGGAAAUCCGACAAAGAUUCAGUGAUUGGGCGACCCAAGUGAUAAGACUGUAUCGUGGGGAAGAAUUUGUUGAGUUGGAUUGGAUUAUAGGGCCAAUACCUUUAGGAACGGAUCCCGGUAAAGAAAUAGUAAGUAUCUUCAAGACGAAUAUCAGCAGCAAUGGACAGUUCUACACUGACUCAAACGGUCGGCAAAUGAUCAAGAGGUCCUGUUGGAAUGAGACAGCUAGUCAUCACCAAAAGAAGCCAGUAGCAUCUUGCUAUUACCCUGUGACGUCACGCAUCUGUAUCAGCUCUCUGAACACUAGUGUCGACGUUUGUGUCCUCACUGACCGGUGUCAGGGCGGCACGUCUUAUAGUGAUGGCGAGAUUGAGUUGAUGUUACACAGAAGACUUAUAACAGACGAUGGGUUUGGUUUGGAAGAGAGCCUUAACGAAGAAGCAUUUGGUGUCGGGCAAGUUGUGAGAGGCAGACAUCGGAUUUUCUUCGGAAAUUCGAGAUUUGAUGUGGAAGAUUUAUCGUUUUCUGAGCGUGUAGCUCAAACGGCUAGAAAAUGGUUAUAUGAACCGUGGUUAUUCUUGACACCAGGAGAGAAAAUAAAUAGAAGGAAAUGGCAGAAUGUGAGGAAUAAACGGUAUUCAGCGCUACGUCUUCACGGUUUACCUCGUCACAUUAGUAUCAUAUCUCUUGAACCUUGGAAGGGAGGAUCGGUUCUAUUGAGAUUGGAAAAUACACUGGAAAAACAUAAAAGUCUUAAACCGGAAAAAGAAAUGCUGGACGAUUUCACAAAUUCCCACAUAACAAUAGAUUUAAAUAAGAUUUUUGUGCAUUUCAAAAUAUUAUUGGUAAAAGAAACUACAUUAGCUGCAAAUCAGUGGUUAGAAGAGGCUAGACAAAUGGACUGGAGUACUAGAUAUGUAUACGCGGGUGGAGAUGAUGGAAUAUUACCGGAAGAUAACCCAGAUUAUACAGAUGACGUCAAACAUAAAACGGAUAAAGAAUAUGAUGAAGAUAUAGAUUCAAAAAGAACGUACAAUAAAGGACAAUUAAAACCAAAAUCAAGUUAUCAAGAUUAUGACAAAAGAAAGAAGAGAAACAUUAACAUAACACAAACAGACAAUAUGUUUAAUAACACACAAUUCAAUUAUUCCACUAAUUCGUUCAGUUAUGUCGAUGAUUUUUAUAGAAAAAAUAUAAUAAAUAUUUUUUCCAAAAAAUUUGAGACAACAACAACGAGGAGACCAAAAUUGAAGUUUUUAACAACUAAAUCUAAAAAAUAUGAUAAAUAUGAUUCAAGUGAAAAUUAUUCGAAUAGACGUUAUAAGUCUGUUACAAGUUAUGAUGACACAGACAUAUAUUAUGUAGACGCAGAUGAUGGCGUAACAAAAUCAAUAUACGAAAUGUAUUACAAAAAGAAUCCAUUUAGACGCUCUUAUAAAACAUAUUUAAGAAGUUCUGAAGAAAUAGAGAAACCCAGAAAAAGAAUAAAAAAAGAUGGCUACCGAAAUAAUUAUAGGUCUAGAAGUAGAAGCAGAGGGCAGAGUUUUGAUAUGCCGUUUUUUAUUUCUAAUAGAAGCACUAAAUUGGAAGAUUUUGAUGAUAAAAGUGAGGAAUUUAGAAUAUAUGGGAACAGAGGAUAUUCUGAGACAGAAACAAUGCCAAGAAGAGAUUUUAUUAGCGUAAGAUCUGCUAAAUAUAAUAAUGAAGAUGAAAGUCAAGAACAAGACUAUAGAGAAGAGUCAGAAGAAGUUAGGAGGAGUAGACGAGCAAUAAACGAAGAACCAUCUUCCGAGGACAAGAGCGACACAGACUAUAUUAUAUCUCUCCGUCCCACUCAGAUACGAACCUUUGUUAUAUGGUUUGAAGAUAAAAAACCAUACACUUUAUAAAUAUAGUUUUUAUUUAAAUAG